UAAUAUGUUAUUCAGUUUUAAGUUUAAAGUAUUACUACAAAAAAUAUUUUUAAAACAAAGUACAUAAAUGCUAAAUAUUUUUAUUUGACUUAAAAAAUUGAAAACAUUAUUACAACAUAAAAAAAGAAAUAAAAAAUUAGUGCGAAAUAAAUGCGAAUAUAAAUAAAUCUAAGAAUGAAGUCAUUCGAAUUAUUUUUUUCUUAUUAUAUGUUCACAUUUUUAACACGUAUGAUCUCUUGUGUUGAGUUCACAUUUGAUUUGCCGGACAAUGCUGAGGAUUGUUUUUAUGAAAUGAUACAAAAAAACACAACUGCAUUUUUAGAGUUCCAGGUUUCAGCUGGGGCUCAUUUAGAUGUAGAUGUUACUCUUACAGAUCCCAAAGGAAAAGUCAUAUAUGAACAACAGAGACAAACUUUCGAUAGCCACCAAUUUGUUGCUGAGAUUACUGGAGUUUAUAAGGCCUGCUUUAGCAAUAAAUUUUCAUCGUUUUCACAUAAAUUAGUUUAUGUUGAUUUUCAAGUUGGAGAAGAACAGCCUUUACCUGGCAUUGAUGAACAUGUAACGGUGUUAACACAAUUGGAAACGUCAUCUCAAAACAUUCACAAAAGUCUUAAUCAAAUUCUUGACGCACAAACACAUCACAGACUAAGAGAAGCUCAAGGUCGUAAACGAGCUGAAGAUUUAAAUGAAAGAGUUUUAGUAUGGGCGUUUGUAGAGACACUUGCAAUUUUAGUUAUAGCUAUUACGCAAAUUCUAGUACUUAAAAAUUUCUUUUCGGACCGAAAACCAAUAAAUCCUACGCAGUUUCGCAAAUUGAUAAACAAUUAUCAAGUGAAUUAGUCGAAUUUUUUAAGAAUAUAUUUUUAAGCAUGUCAUAAAUGGAGGGAAGAUUGUUUUAUUUCAGUAUGUCUGGGAUGCUUUAAAGUAAAAACACGAACUAUUCUUUAGAUUACAUUUUUGUUUUAAUUUGUUUCCUUUCUUGUUUGGUAUUAAAACUAUUGCCUAUAAGUUAAUGAUGUAUGUAUUAUAUCCAUUUAUUCCUAUUAUCUUAAUAUUAAUUAAAAGCCAUUACAUAUUUCAAAUUAAAAUGAAAUAUUCAGUAUGAAAGCUUUUUUGAUUAUUUAACUUGAAUUGCAUGUCGUUUAUUUUAAAAUAUGUACAAAUUACCUUCCAAAGAAUAAAAUAAUUCAAAAAAACCGAUUUUUAUUUUUGAAUACCCGCAUAACUACGCACAGAUACGAACCCUACCAAU